CACAGAAGAGAUAGUACCUACAAGAGGGGGAACACGGCUCUUAAUUAGAGGCCAUGUUUUUUGAAAACAUGUUUCUGGCGCUGGUCUGGUUUAAUAUUUAAAUACUGUUGCAGUGGCUUUGCUGUUGUCUUUUUCUGUUGCUAGCAUAUUUUCAGUAAGCGGAGGAAUACAAGUUCGUGGGAGCUUCUUAAUUUUGACAGGAAAGAGUGAACCCAAGUAAACAUGUCGUCGGAGAGGGAGGAAGUCUUGGCUAGAAUUGAAACAAAUGAUAUUUUUAAUUCAGUUUUAUGACCCGUGGUCUUUUGCCUUUUUAAGUGAAUUAUUUUGCUUCUGUGAAGUUACAACUGAUACAGUUUUUUUUUAUAGCUGUCAACGGAAAAAUGGAUGUUACUCUUUUACUUAGUGCCUGAGCUGGCAGUAGAAUAGCAUUAUGCGGGUUCACUGAAAGAAACGUUAAGCAGCUGACAAGAUGCCUGUGCAGGCGGCACAGUGGACAGAGUUUUUAUCUUGUCCAAUCUGCUACAAUGAGUUUGACGAGAGCAAGCACAAGCCGAUCAGUCUGGGGUGUUCACACACCGUCUGCAAGACCUGCCUCAACAAACUGCACCGCAAGGCAUGCCCCUUUGACCAGACUGUCCUCAACACAGACAUUGAUGCACUUCCUGUCAACUUCGCACUGCUCCAGCUAGUGGGUGCCCAGGAACCAGACCAGCAGACAGUACAUUUAAGUAAUGUGGCAGAAAGUAAACAUUAUGAGGCUGCAAAGAAGUGUGUUGAGGAACUGGCGCUCUACUUGAAACCUAUAAGUGGAGGGAAGGGAGUUGCGAGCCUGAGUCAGAGCGCGCUGAGUCGGCCGAUGCAGAGGAAGCUGGUGACGCUGGUGACCUGUCAACUGGUGGAGGAGGAGGGCCGAGUGCGAGCGCUGAGAGCCGCCAGGUCGCUGGGGGAGAGAACAGUCACCGAGCUCAUCCUGCAGCACCAGAGCCCUCAGCAGCUCUCUGCAAACCUGUGGGCUGCUGUCAGGGCUCGGGGCUGCCAGUUCCUGGGGCCAGCUAUGCAGGAAGAUGCUCUCAAGCUGGUUCUCCUUGCACUAGAAGAUGGCUCGGCCCUUUCCAGGAAAGUGUUGGUCCUCUUUGUUGUUCAGAAGCUGGAGGCUCGAUUCCCUCAGGCAUCCAAAACCAGCAUCGGCCACGUCGUGCAGCUUCUCUACCGUGCUUCCUGCUUUAAGGUCACCAAAAGGGAUGAAGACUCUUCUUUGAUGCAGCUAAAAGAGGAGUUUCGGACGUACGAGGCUUUGCGCAGGGAGCACGAUGCACAGAUAGUUCACAUUGCCAUGGAAGCUGGGCUUCGCAUCUCUCCUGAACAGUGGUCUUCCCUUCUAUAUGGUGAUCUGGCACACAAGUCACAUAUGCAGUCUAUUAUUGAUAAACUCCAGUCACCAGAAUCUUUUGCAAAGAGUGUUCAGGAACUGACAAUAGUCCUACAGCGGACAGGAGAUCCUGCUAACUUAAACCAACUAAGCCCUCACCUGGAACUUUUAGCUAACAUUGACCAUAACCCAGAUGCUGCACCCCCAACGUGGGAGCAGCUGGAAGAUGUCAUGGUGGCUGUGAAGAUAGUAGUUCAUGGACUUGUGGAUUUUAUCCAGAACUUCAGCAAAAAAGGGCAUGAAACACCCCAGCCACAACCAAACAGCAAAUACAAAACCAGUAUGUGUCGAGACCUGAGGCAGCAAGGAGGCUGUCCACGUGGAGCCAGCUGUACGUUUGCCCACUCCCAGGAGGAACUGGAGAAAUACCGAAUGAGGAAUAAAAAGAUCAGUGCGUCUGUCAGGACCUUUCCUGUGUCUCAGAUUCUCCUCGGUAAAGUUGGAGUGAACAACAGCACAGCAACUACUGUAAUUGGAAGCACAGAAGGCAUGGGGAAAAUGAUCCACAAUACCAAUGGGGUUCACACAGAAAGCAGCGAGCCUGUGCUUAUUCCACGAGGGGCUGACUCUUCACUCGACGAGCUGAAGAAACUUGCCAGGGAAGGCUCCAACGGCCUGACUGCUCCCUGCUGCCUCACAGAAUCCCCUCCUGAAGAUAAGAUGGUCUCCCCUUCUAAGACUCCUGUAAACCCUGGCACAGCUACCUCAACUGUUCCUCCCUCUUGUGAAGCCAGUAUGAAUUCAGUACAUUCUAAACCUGGCCAGUUUGUGUCCCGGGUACCUCUGUGCCCACCUCAGCAAUCUGAUGUGUAUUACCUAGACCCGCGGACACCGGUGUCCUACGAUGCACCACCAUCCCAAACAAAGAACUACUAUGCUCCUCCGCCACCUCCUCCUAGUGUUUCAGCUUCCACGCGUUUUGUCCGUUCCACCAAUGUGCCUGAAUCAUCUCUGCCUCCCCCAUCAGUGCCCUACACAGACCAAUACCCUUCGUUUCCACCGCGGAGGAGAAUGACGUCCUCUCCCUGUCCUCCGCCCCCCCCGCAGCAGUACAGCCACCCCGCAGUGCACUCUGGGAUGUACGCUCCCGUGUACGACAGCCAGCGCAUGUGGAGGCCUCAGAUGUACCAUCGAGAUGACGUUCGAAGCAGCUCUUUACCCCCCAUGGAUGUGGUGCACUCGUCCAUCUACCAGCCUCCUCUCAGAGAAAGAUACAGCUCCCUCGAUGGAUACUACUCUGUGGCUGGCCAGGUACCAAGUGAGCAGAGAGCCGUGACUUUGCAAAGGGACUCAUACAACCGAAUGCCUGUUGGUUACGAUGAGCCGUUCAGGCGGAAACCAGACCAGUGGACCCAGUGCCACAGUCAGAAGCCUCCACUGCUUGUGUCUCCAGCCCUUCCUUCCUCCGCACAGUCCCCCUCACCUUCCUCCCCGCUCUUCAAUGUGGACUUCAGCACUGAGUUUUCCAGUGACUUCGUGGGCUCUAAAUAUAAGGAGGAUGGCCAUCUAUCUCACUACUCUCCCUGGUCGUGUGGCACUAUCGGCACAUGCAUUCAUGCAGUCGAUUCCGAACCAAAAGAUGUUGUGGCCAAUUCCAGUGUGGAGUUAACAGAUCACAACAGCAGUGACAUCAAAAGACGAACGCACCUGUUUGAACCUCAGAGAAGGCUGAGAGAUGAGGAUCCUAUAAUUCCUUUUGGCGAAGGCCCCAUCAUCUCCAAGUGGGGUGCAAUUUCCAGGUCUUCCCGCACAGGCUAUCACACCACUGACCCGAUCCAAGCUACUGCUUCCCAAGGAAGUACCACAAAGCCAAUCAAUUUCAGAGACUACGGUCCCUAUAUUAAUCACAGUGAUUCCAGAUGGAGCUCGUAUGAAUCCGAUUCAUCAACUCCUAAUUAUAUGAAAAGGGAUCAGCUACGGGUCUCGGGUCUUACUGCUAAGGAUUCUUGUAACGGAGAACACUUAAGCACAGAGCUACAACAGGCCACCAGCAAUUCUCUGUUACUUCAGAGAGAAGCCGAUGCUUUAGCCACUCAGCAGAAGUGGGCAUCACUGGAAGAUGAGCUUUCCUUCGGCCUCAUAGGCAAUAAAAUAGGAGUCAGAAACACAGAGACUGGCUUUACAGAAGAUUCAGUAGAUGCCAAACCAGACAGAGACAUUGAACUGGAGCUUUCAGCUCUUGAUGCUGAUGAACCCGAUGCUCAAGAUGAGAAUAUAGAGGAGGCUCUUUCACACCAGCUGCGUAUAAAUUCUCACAAUGAUAAACGUUCCAAUGGAACUGUUGCUGGUAAUGGAGACCAGCCGAUACAACAAGACAGAGUUACAUCCGAUAAAGUGGGGAAUCAUAUACUGAAACAAAUUGCAAUCAAUAAGAAGCAAAGAGGGAUCCGACCCAUGACCUGGUGUUUCAGCAAGACGAUGACCCCUGCAGGUGGAGUCAUCUCCUCUGCUGCAGUCACGUCUGCGCUCAGCAUCAGCAAACUGGUCCUGAAAACAGCAACACAGGGAGAUCUGACUAAAUCCGCCACCAAUGGAGAGAUGCUCCUUAAUGGAAGCUGAAGGGAAAUGAUUGUUGAUAUUUGUGACAUCUACACAAACAAAUCAUUUACAAUAUUGGUUUUUAUAUUAUAGUUUUGUUUUUUUAACAAGGGGGCAUCAGAUUCCUGUGGAUUUUUUGAUACUUUAGGAAAAAAGCCCUCUUUUAAAUUAUACUGACAUGGUUUUUUAUUUUGAUUAUUGAAAUAAGGCGUUCAUUUUUCAAUGUCUUGGGAAUUUGGACUUCAUGCUUAAAAGCAGCUUUAUAAUAGUUUGGUACCGUGAUGAAGCCAUUUUUUUUAUACAGAAUGGCUAAUUUGUCAAUUGAAACAACUCGGUUAGGAACUAGCAGGACCCUGCAUUGAUGUACCUAGUGAAAGAAAAACUUUACCUGUGUUAGUAUUUUAUGUUAAUGUGAUACGACAAUAUUUAACACUGUUGGUAUUGGUCUAAUGGCAUAUUUGCACAUUUCAGUGAUAUUUUGAAUCUGUUAGUAGUGAAAGAUAAAAGCUUUUCCUGUGAUGUUAUCACUCAGGAGUUUCACACUACAGCAGUUUUUAAGGUGAAAAGUACACUUUGCAAUGUACAUUACUGCAUGUGCAUUGGAGAUCGUGAAGGUAGCCAGGGCAGUAAAAUCCACGUCCAGUGCCCAGCUCCCAGCUGCAAUUUAACAACGUGUUAGAAAGUAAAAAGGGAGGUCAGCAUCUAUUAAAUUAUUAAGAGAUAAUCACCUUUUAAUGCUUCUUGUAACCCCGCAGUGAAAGCUGGCUUUCAGAACUGUUUGCACUGACAAAAACAUUAAUACCAAAUCCACAGUAGUUAUUGUCACUGUUAACAAGUGUCUUUACUGUCCAUUUAUAAUAGCAGCAAUGAAUUGUGUAGACCAAAGUCUAAAUGGUAAAUUAUGAUAGAGCUAUUUUCAAGCAUCAGGUAACUGCAUUAUUCACAGGUAAAUCUACUUCACAGUUAAAUGUGUGCAAUAUUGUUAUUUAUUUUGUUUUUACUUUUGUGGUACACCACUAAUUGAAUUGUAGACUCAUUAAAAAAAAUGUAAGCAUUAUCACAUUUCAUAAUAUACUUAAUAUUUACAAGAAGUUGUAUGAAACGGCACUAAUGCAGUGAUGUAACACUUGGAAAGCUGAAGUCGUUUUCUGGGUCUUCAGCUAAAUGAGUCAUUUACUGCACACAGCCCAGUUAAAAGAAGAUAAAGAAUAACUAUAUAUUGCCUUUGAGUCUGUAUUGUCAACUUUUAGUCUUCCUUCUUCAGUCUGUUUUUAUUGUCAGUUGUUUUGAUUUUAUAGACAAACAUGUUUAUUAUGUUAUAAUAACUUCUGUGAAGUUGAUUCUAAAUUUUGUACUGUGUGUUUUUUUUCUUUUGGUGUAUGUUCAUCUUUCACCAGGUUUUUUGCAAGGGGUUCCUGCUAGUUACUGUAGGGAAAAAAUAUUAAUAAGAUCAUGUUACUGGUCAACUGAGUUGGUAAAUUCUAAAAGACAACAGAAUCUUCACAAAUGGUAUUUUCUUAGUUUUGUGCACUCCCCUUUGGUUGGGUAUUUUCUCCUGAGGGCAUUUGUAUGAACGACGAUGCAUUGCUGCUAGAUGUUGAGCAGUAAAAUAGGCAAUAUUCCUAUUCAUAAUAGGAUUUUAUAUUAUAUGUGUAUGAAGAAAAGAAAUGGCUAUGAUAUUUGCGCAUCAACUUGAUAGAUCUCUUGUAAACUGUUUUUUUUUUUUUAAUGAUAUAAGUGACUACUGUAUAUUUCUUAAUGGCUCAAUACUGGCCAGAACUUUUGCUUAUACUGUAAGUGUUGUAAAAAGCUAACCUAUGUUUACACUGAACUUUCUAGCUGAACUAUAGAUAGAUAGAUAGAUAGAUAGAUAGAUAGAUAGAUAGAUAGAUAGAUAGAUAGAUAGAUAUAGAUAUAUCUAUCUAUCUAUCUAUAUAUAUAUAUAUAUAUAUAUAUAUAUAUAUAUAUAUAGAUAGAUAUAUGCAUGCAUGCAUGUAUGUAUGUAUGUAUGUAUAUAUGCAUGUAUAUAUGUAUGUAUGUAUAUAUUUUUAUCACUGAAGCUUUCUCACUUCUAUUUACUACUCUGCUAAGUAUGGAACCGAUACUGUAACCUGUUUUGAAAUAUACAGAAUGUGUAUGUGUGUGUAACAGGAAGUGUUUGACGCUGUAAUCUGAUGGCCUGAUGAGAUUAUACAGAUUUACAAUCUCCUCUCUCUCUCUGUCAUAUAUAUAUAUAUAUAAAUAUGUAUUCAGCUAGUUUGUUGAUGUGGAUCAUGCCAUAUAAAGAAUAUUUUUAUUUAUAAAUUGAAAGCCCUACUUGACAAAAGUUAAUAUUUAGAACAUAUUAAGAUGGUAUCAUGUAUAUUUAAUGUAUAGUAAUGGUAUUCAUAUGUAAAUAUGUUAAUAUGCUAUUUGGUGACUUGUGUCCGCUCUUUCUGAAACCUCAAAACAUAUGAACAAAUACUGUACGCAUUGUAUGUGGUUAUGUAUGUAUGUAACUGUGUGUGUGUGUGUGUGUGUGUGUGUGUGUGAAUUAAUAUAAACAAUUGGGUGAUCAUUGAAUAUGUUUUAUACGAAACAAUUUCUAUUGUAUUUUUUUUUGUAAAGAGUAUUUUGUUAAAUACUGUAAUUGGAGAAUGUGCAUAUUUUGUUCUACAGAAUGACAUGAAAUGGCAGAAAUCAUGUAGUCACUGUGGUGAGAUUUAUCAAGUUGAUACGAUGUCCAUAUUCUAGGAUUCUCAUUUCUGUUUACUUUCUUAAUAAUAGAAGGAGAUCUAGAAACACUGUCACUAUAGCCCUCAGGGAAAAAAAAAACCCCUCUGUGUUGCAAAACUACUGAUGGCAUCUUCAGCACCUUCCGAGGGUGAACAUGAUAUUACAUAAGUUAAUCUUGUGUACGGAACUUUAUUAUUUGUUAAAAAUGAUUAUUUUUAUGUUUAUUUGGUUGUGCUGGAAGGGAUUGGGAUGAAUUUUUUAUACAUCCAAUUAUUUUGGGAGAGAGAGAGAGACCAUCUGUGUUUUUGCACCUGUCAGCCCUACUCUUAAUCGUUGAAAUAAGGUUGCCAGGUACAGAAAUCUCUUCUUUGGUGCAGUACUGCUUUACAAGCCAACUGCACAUAUCCCAUGAACCCAUCCAGCGUCAGCCUCAAUUAAUCCAAGGCAUGGACAUGCAUGCAAUUCUUAGCUGGGCAGACAAGUACAUUAUACUGUAGUUGUGAUACAACACAUGUGGGUUUUAUUUGUACUGCACAUGCCCACUGUACGGACACCUGAAAUAUUGCGUGGUAAGCUUGCAGCAUUUGCUGUCUGCAUUUCUACUGUUUUAUUGCAUAUAUUUGUUUCCCUGGAAAUACUGUAAAAGAAGUCUUCUUUUUGUAUUGUUUGAAUUUUAAAAAUUUGCUUUAGCCGGAAAAAACGAUUGUGGAGCUCAAAUGUUAAUAAUUUUUACGUCUGUAUUAGACAUUUUUCUUUGCAAAUCUAUUGUUCGAUUGAAAUGUAAAUGAAAUAAAAGAUGGUACACAUCCAUCAUGUAUAAAGCUGGCACCAUCGAUAAGAUGGAUUUCAUGCUUAUUUUUAGGACAUACUCAGCUGUAUUUAACAAAAAAAAAUAUACACAUUAAUGUAAACGUUUUUUUUAACAAAUAAGCAGGGAUAUCUAUGGGAAUAAUUUCUAUUCCUGCUUGUUUAUUUGAACAACCAGGUUUUGUUUUAGGAUUUGGAAAACUAGGCGGAUAGGUCUGUAAUGGUUUGUUUCCUGAAGAUGUGGAAUAGCAAAGAGUGAUUUUUUUUUUUGUGUUAAAUGUUUGCUGUAGCAGGAUUUCAUUGUUUAAAGAUGAUUGGUGGGAGAGUUUGCAGUACCUGAAAUGUAUUUGCAUGCAUACAAAAUAAAAUAUGUCCACUGAA